UCCACCCUAUCUUUGUUCGACUCGUCCGAGGUCAAAGAGAAAUGGAGCACCAAGAAAACCGGCUACAACUACAAGGUUAUCCUUGAAUUUUGAUGAAAAUACAAUAUUUUUCUCUGGUUGCAGUUACCAAAACGUAGGCAUGGCUGAUAACCAGUCGCAGGUUGCACCUCCACCCCCAGCGAAGGGAGACACGACGAUCUUGCAGUUGGUGGUGCGGUAUUUGAAACUGGUCGCCCUCCUCCUACUCGUCUGGAUAAUGGGCUAUUUCGACUUCAGCGUCAGUUGGAUCCUCCUCGGUCUCUUCAUCUUUAUGUGGAAUGAGACAUACCAGAGGAGAAAAAAGCUCCAGACUGAGAUUGCCCAGUUUUCAGCGAAGAAUGAGAAGGAUGAAAUAUUGGCAAGAGUGGAAGAUUUGCCUUCAUGGUGUAAGUGUGGACAUCAGUAGUGUAGCCGAGAAGGGACACAUGGACUCAUGGCUCCCCCUGGAGAAUGUUAACACUGGUUUGAUUCACCUGCGCCUGACAUGGCUGAACCUCUCAUCAAAUCCUGAUGAUAUAGACAAGGCUCUUGAGCAGUGUACAGUGGCGUGGAGUGAAGAACACCUGUCCUCAUGUUUCCUUAUGGUAACAGUGGAUGCCUGCCACAAUCUACCAGGUUCCUCGGGAAGCUGUUUUUUACAUAGCGCCAGUGGUCAAUCCACGAAUUCAGGUGGUAAGUACCUGACAGAGCCCUCUCCCUAUGUGACCCUGGGUGUUGGAGGGGAGAAACAGCAGACUCAGGUGAAGAAGAACACUGAUCAGCCUGUCUUUGAGGAGAACUUCAAGUUCUUGGUGCACAACCCUAACAUGCAGGAGCUGGAUAUGGAGGUGUAUGACUCUAAAAGCAAGAAGAUGCUGGGCUUUGUGACAGUCCCUGUGAAGGACCUUCUGAACGAUGAAGACAUGACUAAGUUCCAGUCAUAUCCUCUCAAAGAGUCUGGACCAAUGAGUAAAAUCACACUGAGGUUACAGCUGAGGAUUCUGCUGUCUGGCACUGCCCCAAUUGAUUCUAUGCCAACAGAAGAGGCUGUGGAUUCACUGGUCAAUAAUUCUAACAAAAAUACAGAGGAAGGGGGAGAAGAUGGGGCAGAAGAGGAGGAGCCAGCUGCUACUUUCUCUCUUGAUGAUCCUGACUUGGACACCCCAAAUGGUAAGGCACAAGAAACGCCCACUAAAUCUGCAGCAGGCUCUGCCGACUACUCACCAAACUCCAGCAUGAAGAAUAACGAGAUGAGGAGAAGGUCUGGACAUUCAAUCCACAGUAAAACUAGUGCAAUGGGCAGUGACAGUGGACUGGGCAAGAUACAGAUCACUAUACGCUACAGUGGCCAAAGAAACAGACUGGUGGUGGUCGUCCACAAGUGCAUUGAGCUUAGUCCACGAAAAAAAUACUGGUCAUUCAGCACUCCAAAGAUAAGACGGAGGGCAAGUUUGAGGACAUCCCGUAACCAAGACAACAACAAAGGAGGCGGUACUCCUAGCAGACCGCGUGCUAAUACCGCUGAUGUGGUACCCACCAAGGAGUCUGUAGCGAAAGAGGAAACAUCACCCCAAAAGAAAAGCGCCCUGAUUCCACCAGACGAUAGCAACCUGGCUGACCCCUUUGUCCGCCUGUAUCUGCUGCCAGACAGGCACCUGCACACCAAGAAGAAAACACAGGUCCACAAGUGCAACCUCAACCCCAUAUUUGAUGAGACAUUUGAAUUUGCAGUCAACCAGAGAGAUGCCCAGCAAAGGACGCUGGACAUUGCGGUGAAGAACUCGGUGGGGGUGUUCUCUAAGGGAAAACACGACAUGGGAAGAGUGUACAUUGACCUUUCUGAACUGGAUCUCAACAAAGCCACUACAGCUUGGUAUAACCUUCAAGCCUACAACAAGUCUGGAAACAGAUCCUUUAGAGAGUCCAAAGAAAUCUAAUAAACAGUCAAAAUAGAUUUAAUGGUUCCAAAUUAACUCAUUCUUUGCGAAGAAUAUUAAAGUGAAGUUCAGUGGCAAUGCAAAAAUGGCAUGGAAGGAGAGCAAUUAACUCACCAUCAGGCAGCUGAUCAAGAAGAUAAGCCACCAAUACAGAAAAAUAGUUCUGUUGCAGUCAUAUGGAUAAGACUUGAUGUAAACAGUGUUGUGCAGAAGCUCUCUAUUUUGCAAUAUAAUAAUUGUUAACUUCCUCAAAAGAAAUUUAUGUGAUCGAGUUGCUAAGCAAUGGAUAAACAGAACUUUCUGUCAUAGCUUUAUUGUAUGAUCUAGUCUUCCAGCUGGGCCUUUCUAGGACAAAAUCAUUUAGAUCAAAUGACUUCCAAAGUGCCAUGCGUAGUGAAAGAUAAGCAGUGUGAGCAAGCGGUAGCUGUGCAUGUUUUACUGUUAUCAAUGCAAUUUUUAUGUGUUGUACAUUGGUUGUAUUUGUUAUGACAAAAAACUUUGUUUAGACAGUAUGGAAUAGCAAUGUUAAGUCAGAUGAUUGAAGGAAAUUGUUGUUUUAAAGAUAGUUAAUGUGAUAAUGCAUAAUCUCUUCGCCUUCUUUUACAUUUUUGCUCCUUUUGCAUUUAAGCAAUCAGACAGAGGUUGACAAGACAAAAAAUGUUAUUUGGCAAAUAUGUGAUAAACCAACCCAGUGUCUUUUGAAAAGUUAUAGAGUUGUGAUCUGUGGUCAUAUGAAUUUGAAGUACCCUCUUCUUUUCAAAAGCACAAAAUAUAUCAGCCUUUUGGUUUUUUAAUCUUUUGGAUAUGGGCAAAAUGAAUUUAUUAAAAAAGAAUUAAAAGCGAAAAUAUUUUUCUUUAAAUCACAUCCAUUUAUACAUUCAGAUAUUUACAUUUUAUUGUGAUUUGUUUAUUUCAAAAGACACAAUUCCCCAUUUAUUGAGGAAAAUUCAUAUCAUAUAUUUACAUGUUAAUGUAGGGGGAAUUGAAAACAAAAACACUGCAAAAAGUUCUUGUAACUUUUUAUGUUUUAAAUCAUAAAUUACCACAGACGUGAUAACAUAAUUAGUGUGAUUCUAUUACUUAUUUGUGUACACACAUUUUCAUUUUCCAAAUACUAAAGAUUAAAAGAUGACAGCCUUGGUAGUUGAGUAAAAAUUUAAUGUGUUCACUUGGUAAAUGUUCUGUAUUAUUUUAGUUACACAAGAAUCAUAUUAUUUGGAUUAGACAAUUAAUUGUCUCUUUCUAAAUAAUACCUUUAAACAUAUCUAAAGUAUUUUACACAUACUGUAAGCUUGUUACUCUUAAAAGAGUUAAUAUUAAUUUUAUGUAUUGAACUAUAUAAUUAUUUCAUCUGCAUACUUUUAAUUGAAAAUGGCAUGAGCAGCUACAGAAAGUUUUUAAAAAAUUAACACCAAUAUGCUCUCAUGCAGUAUGUGGUUCUGGUUGGUGAAUUAAUGUUUAUUAUUAAUGUAUAUAAUACAGUUAU